AUCAAAAAAAAACCAAACCAAAAUGGAACCCUAAUAAUGAGUAAAACACUUUGGUUUUGGUCAAGAAAAGCAUUCCGUUCAAUCCCUCAAGACUUUUAAUGGAUCUUUUCUCAUCUGCUGAAAAGACAUAAUAUUUGGUUAUGACUGGUCCAAAAUACACUUUUAAUACCCGGCAGCACAGGUGAAUUGAAGGAAGGCUAGGUGCGUGUUUUACUUCCAGUAUUAACUCCUGCAAUAUUUACUCCUCAGGGUGGCUGAGGACUGGCUGUGGGCUCCAGAGUUCCCCCUUUCCCUUCCUCUUUCUCUUAGCUCACAGUGUGGGAUGUGAGGCCAUGUGGCCCUUGGAGCUGGCCCACCAUGUGUUUACAUUCCUGGGACAUCAAGAGAGGCUGUGCUGCAAUAAGAACAGGACAUUAUUUUGAUGAAAUUGGUCUGCAGAAUGAAAAUCUUGACUGCAGUCUACACGGGCUAGAGGUGCGAAUGGCAGUGCUUUAGUCCUUUCCUGGAUCCUUUGCCUCCCCGUAAGUCAACCCUGUCUCUGCCAUGAGUGCCUCAUCCCUGCCAUUUGUGGUUGGAGCAAACACUGUGGAAGAUCAGCGGGCUCGCUGGGAGAGAAAGCGCAGCAGGACAGCCAAGGAGCUGCUGGAAACUGAAUACAAAUACCUCGAGCAGCUGGAUUUGGUGCUCACAUACUUUGUGACAAUUUUAAAGGCCAAAGGAACACUGAAACCUGCUGUGUUGGAAACUAUAUUUGGACCCCUGGAGUCCUUAUAUUCAGCAAGCCAUGUUCUGUCACUUCACCUGGAGAAAGGGAAUUUGGGAGCAGGACUGGAAAAUUUUUGUCAGAGUCUGGAUCUUUAUGGCCACUAUGCUGAGAAUUUGGAGCAGACCAAUAAAACCUUGAAGGAGCAAGUGAGGAAAAAUAAGUCAUUCCGGCGGUUUAAGAAACUCCAGGAGACUCGACCUCAGUUUCAAGGGAGGGUGCUAGAGGAUCUGCUUUGUUUGCCCCUGCAGAGGCUGCACCAGUACAAGCAUUUCUUCAGAGACCUGCUGGAGAACACCAGCCCAGACACUGCUGACUACCAGAAACUUGCAAAGACGGUGAAAUCUGUUUGUGAGGUAUCUCACUGGGUCCAAGACGUCUUUGAUAAGAGAGAGAAUUCCUUGCAGCUACUUCGGGUUCAAAAAUUGCUUAAAGGACAAAAGACUCAGGUUUUGACUCCAGGGCGCUGGUAUAUCCGGGAAGGAUGGCUUUUGGUGGUGCCUUCAAAGGGAGAAGAACUGAAGCGCAGGAUGUUCUUCCUAUUCUCUGACAUCCUCAUUGCAGCGAAGCCCUGCCACCCACUGCACCCACUGAACUCCAACAAACUGUCCUGCCAGGCUGUCUACCCGCUCCAGCAGUGCUCCGUGGAUAAAGUGUUUGGCCACACAUGGAGCCAGGGAGGGCUCCUCAGCCUUUCCUUUCCACACAAGACACUGGCCAGGACACAAGGGAAUAAUAAGGACAGAUUUCCCAUAUUAACUGUGAAUUUCCCGUUUUCCUCUACAGGCAGCUGA